AUGGCCUCUACACUUGAAAAUGAUGAAACAUUGCUAAAAAUAACCAAAGACAGUGUAAUGGAGAGAUUCACCAUGAUCACGGAUUACAAGACGCUGUUAGCAUUGCUGAUCUUGGUGCUGUACGUGGGCACAGGAAUAUCAGGAAGAAGUUGGGAAGUGUCAGAAAGGAUCAGAGAAUGUAACUAUCCCCAGAAUCCUGUGGCUUCCCAGGGAUUUGAAUACCAGACCAAUGAACCCGCAGAAGAGCCAAUAAAGGUCAUCAGGACCUGGUUGAAGGAAAACUUGCAUGUUUUCUUGGAGAAGCUAGAGAAAGAGGUGCGAGAGCUGGAGCAGCUGGUCCAGGACCUGGAGGAGUGGUUAGAUGCUCUUCUGGGAGAGGGGCACCCGGAGGAUCCCUGCUCCAACUUCAAAAUUCACCUGUGA